AUGUCUUCUUUUAACAACUCUAAAUCUUUAAGAAAUAUUAUACUUACCUAUGAUAUACUUACCUUUUCAGAUAAGGAUUUUAUAACUAUAAACCGUGAAAAUUCUAAUAAUAAAAAUCUUGAUUAUUUGAAUAACAAAAACCUUGAUAAUUCUAACAAUAAAACUAAUGCUGAAAAAGUAAAUGAAAAG